ACUUGAUAGAAAAUUUGUUGACAGUCGAAAAAUGGCAGAUAUCUGGGGGUUGAGAUGCUAAAUGACGUGUGUCUAGACGAACCUGAAACGGUGGAUUUAAUAAUACGUAGCGCAAAGUGUUGAGGAUUGAGUCAUAUUGAGAGGAAAAAAUAAUGGUGCCUGUGCCAAGUGAACACGGUCCUCAGGUUGACGUUAUUUUCGUGAUCGAGGGAACAGCUGUCAAUGGGGCUUACCUCAAUGAUCUGAAGACCAAUUACUUGAUACCAACGGUGGAGUACUUCAGCCAGGGCACCAUCGAGGAUCGAGAAUAUGUUUCAGAGAAUAGUACAACCCUCUACGGAAUAGUGGUGUAUCAUGCAGCCGAUUGUCUCCCUUCACCGACAACCACGACGAGGGGUCCAUUUUCAAAUCCCCACAAGCUCCUCUCCUCCCUGGAGCGUCUAGAAAUGGUCGGUGGCAAGGGUGAGUCCCACGCAAAUAUCGGCGAAGGCCUUGCAACCGCCCUCCUCUGCUUCGAGGACCUCCAGAUAAAACGUGAACCCAAUACAAAUGCCCAGAAACACUGCAUCCUUGUCUGCAACUCACCCCCUUACCAAACCGUCGUCCAGGAGUCCCACAAAUUUGCUGGGCACACCGUUGAGAAUUUAGCAGCUGUAUUCCAGGAACGCGACAUAAUCCUCUCGAUCCUGUCCCCUAGAAAGAUCCCAGCGCUCUUCAAGCUCUUUGAGAAAGCUGGUGGUGACCUCCAGACCUCUCAAACGAAAAACUACGCCAAGGAUCCUCGCCACCUGGUGCUCCUGAGGAAUUAUAACCUGAAGGAGCGUCCAGUGAGUCCACCAAUUGGUGGAGGUGUUCACCAGACAGCCAGCGCUGCACAGAUUCCCCUGAGUCCAUUGCAGAGUCAUGACAGUCCGAACACGAAUCAGGCAGGUCAGAAUAUGUCCCAGACAACUCAGUCCCAGGCUCCACUGAAUCCAGCUUUUAGAAAUCAGACUCCAGCUACACUGAAUCCCCAUCAGUCGGUGGCACCGCCAAUUGGUACGAUAAAUCCGGGACGACCUGUAUUCAAUCCACAACUGGCUGGACCACCGAAUUACCAUGCAGCAAGAGCACCACAGCCUCGGUGGAAGGGCCAAUUUAUUCCUCCAGGUGGUGGAGGUGUGCAGAGUAAUAAUCAAGGAAGUGCAUUGAUAGCCCAACUGACACAGCCCCCAUCGUCUCUUGGUCUCAAUAUUCAAUUUAAUCAGCGAAUGGAUGCUAAUGGAUCUGUCAUGAGUGGUCAAGGGGGAGCGACUGGACAGCCAAAUCAAUCGCCAAUCACUGGCAACUCUCAGGGACAGGGCCAGCUACAGGUACAGACCUCUCAACAAACAGCACAGGGACAGCAUCAGCAGGCACUGGGACAGCCACAGGAGCAGGGACAGGGACCAAUGCAGAGUAUGCAGAGUCAGCAACCAGCUGGUCAAAAUCAGGCUGUUUCGUCGAGUGUUAUGAGCCAGACUAUUUCUAAUCAGGGACAACAGAGUGUCGCCGCUGCUCAUCCAACUGCUGUAUCGUCUGCUCAGCAGAUGGGUCAUAAUCCUGGGGGGAAUGUCCAGAUUGGACCCCCUAGUAGGGAGAGGCCCACUAUUUGGCAUGGGAUGCUCGAGUGGUCGGAGAAAGCUAGGAAUCCUAGUGAUCCACAGAAACAGACGAGACAGGUUCCAUGCCAUGUAUCAGCUAACACCAAGGAUGGUGAGCCAGAGUUGAAGGCCGAUUCGUGGCCACCAAAGGUGCUGCUUCAACUGGUGCCAAAGCUACUGAUCGGCAACAUCGGUGGAGCAUACCUGAAGAACUCCAAGUCUGUCCUGUUUCAUCCCACUCCAUGCGAAGCACUCGAUUCCCUCACAAAAAUCAUGAGUGCUGGGUUCGCGGGUUGCGUACACUUCCCCGCUUCUCCCACACUCCCAAAUUGUGAUAUCAAGGUUUUGAUUCUACUCUACACUGUGGAAAAGAGGGCAUACCUGGGAUUCAUUCCGAAUGAUCAGCCUGGAUUCGUCGAACGCUUGCGAAAGGUCAUUCAGCAGCAGAAGAAUAACCAAGCGUUAUUGAGGCAAAAUCAUAUAUAUUCACAGGGCGGCGCUGGACAACCUGGUAGCAACGUGUCUGGGACGAUUCCAGGAUCAUCACCGAUAUCACAAGGAGGUAUUCUCAUGUCGCAGACUAAUACGAUAGCUAUGGGAGGUGGACAGAUCACGCAAAACGUCGUCCCUGCCAAUAAUCCUCAGCAGGGAUUGGCCAAUGCAACUCCUCAGAAUCAGAUAAUUCAUAUACAAUCUGGGGGAAUGCAGCAACAGUCUGUCAGUGGUGGAGUUCAGGGGAUGAUGGUGCAGCAACGACCGACUUUUGAUGGGAUGGAUAUGGCUAGGCAACAGAAUCUCAUGAAAAUCCAUCAGUUGAGACAGACACUUGAAGCUGCACAGCAGCAGGAAGCCCAUUACCAAACUCAACUGGAUACUCAACAAAAUUUGGAGGCAGCACAGCAGCAGGAAAUGCAGUACAAAUUACAAAUGGAGAUUCAACAGGCGCAGAAGGCAUUGAGUGCAAAUUCUGGAAUAAUUGGGCAACAGCCCAACACUCAGAGGAUGAUGCGACCCACUAUGGCGAACAAUCUUGGAUUACGAAAUUUAUUGCAACAACAACAACCACAGCAAUAUCGACAACAGGUCCUUGGGAUGCAGCAGCAGAUGGUUGGCCCUCGGGGUCAAAUGGGCGCAAGAUCAAUGGCACCAACGAACCAGCAGAACCAGCAAUUUGACGAUGUUACGAAUUACGAUUUUAUGCCUUGAGAACUUCUCUUUGAUUAGUCAUCGAGAUUUUUUUCACAUCAAUAGAGAAUGUAUUGUAUUUUAUUUUAUACCUCUAUUAUAUGAAUAUUAUAAUCUACAGGGAAAACGGAA